AUGGUAUUACUCGCUCGUUCCAUUCAGCGUUGCACUCGUCCCAUUUCUACAAGGGCACUUUCUACGGCUGGUUGUAUUUCCAAGAGUCCGCCUCUGGCGUCGACCGCCGGCGCACCCUUCCCCAAACUCAACUCAUUCGGCUCCCCAACCUCGAUUCGUAUGCUGACAGGUCAACGUGAAAAGGUCAAGGUUCUUCUGGUUCUUUACGACGGAGGCGAGCACGCCAAGCAGGAGCCCAAGUUGCUCGGUACCACCGAGAACGAGCUGGGCAUCCGCAAGUGGCUCGAGGACCAAGGCCACACGCUCGUUACCACAUCCGACAAGGAGGGCGAGAACUCCACUUUCGACAAGGAGCUGGUGGACGCUGAGAUCAUUAUUACAACUCCCUUCCACCCUGGAUACCUCACAAAGGAGCGUCUCGCCAAGGCCAAGAACCUCAAGCUUGCCAUUACUGCGGGUAUUGGUUCCGACCACGUCGAUCUCGAUGCUGCCAACACAACCAACGGCGGUAUUACCGUCGCUGAGGUGACUGGAUCCAAUGUCGUGUCCGUCGCCGAGCAUGUCCUCAUGACCAUCUUGGUUCUCGUCCGCAACUUCGUCCCCGCCCACGAGCAGAUUGCUGCUGGCGACUGGAAUGUCGCCGCCGCUGCCAAGAACGAAUACGAUCUUGAGGGCAAGGUUGUCGGUACCGUCGCUGUCGGUCGUAUUGGCGAGCGUGUCCUGCGCCGCCUCAAGCCCUUCGACUGCAAGGAGCUGCUUUACUUCGACUACCAGCCCCUCAGCGCCGAGAAGGAGAAGGAGAUUGGCUGCCGCCGUGUCGAGAACCUCGAGGAGAUGUUGGCACAGUGCGAUGUUGUCACCAUUAACUGCCCUCUGCACGAGAAGACCCGCGGCUUGUUCAACAAGGAGCUCAUCUCCAAGAUGAAGAAGGGUUCAUGGCUCGUCAACACCGCCCGCGGUGCCAUCGUUGUCAAGGAGGACGUCGCCGAGGCUCUCAAGUCCGGCCACCUUCGUGGGUACGGUGGUGAUGUCUGGUUCCCCCAGCCUGCCCCCAAGGACCACCCACUCCGCUACGCCCAGAACCCCUGGGGCGGCGGCAACGCCAUGGUUCCCCACAUGUCCGGUACCUCCAUCGACGCCCAGAUCCGCUACGCCAACGGUACCAAGGCUAUCCUUGAGAGCUACCUUUCUGGCAAGCACGACUACAGACCUGAGGAUCUUAUCGUCCACGGCGGUGACUACGCAACCAAGGCUUACGGCCAGCGUAAAUAAGUUCAAACUGAUACCCAGAAGGAGAGGAAAGGGAGGAUUUGAAGAUGUGGUGGGGACUUGAAUAUGGUGCCCCCCGGCCUUGAAAGUAGGCCUUCUAUGUGAUAUAGUUAGCAAUUGUCGAUAGCACGGCACAUUUCAUGAAUGUUAUGACAGAUUUCCAAUAUCACUGCCACUCGGUGUUCAUU